AUGGCACUGCUACACAACAUGUCAGAAGAGUGUAUUAAAUCCGAGCUGGAUUUAUUCACGGUACCUCUGACUCAGACAUCUAUUGAAAAAAAUACUUAUGUAGAAAUACCACCUUUAUCAGCACUAUCAGACACAGCCCCGUUGGAAUUUUUCAUAGCAGGAACCGGAGAGGAUUAUAUCGAUUUAAAUAACACAUUGCUGUUUUUAAGGGUGAAAAUUACUAAUCCUAACGGUACGGACAUAGCCGCCGGAGCGCCUGUGGGGUUAGUGAAUUAUCCUAUUGGAAGUCUGUUUGCCCAAACGGACGUGUCGCUCGGGGAUAGAUUAAUUUCACAGAGUUCCAGCACGCAUCCUUAUCGCUGCGUCAUAGAGUGUUUGUUAAACUAUGGAACAGACGUUCUCGAAACAACAUUCUCCUCUGGACUUUAUUAUAAAGAUUCGCCGGGUCAUAUGGACGCUACAGACCCAGCUGCUGGAAAUAGAGGCCUGACAAAGAGAGCAGCCUUUACAGAGUCCAGUAAUAUCGUCGAGUUAUUAGGACCCAUUCAUAGCGAUAUAUUCUUUCAAGAAAAAUUAAUGCUUAAUGGCGUGGAUAUUAAAAUACGUAUGACUAGGGCCAAAGAUGAGUUUUGUUUGAUGAGAAACGAUAAUAUAAACUACAGAAUAAACAUUGUUUCAGCAUCUCUGUUUGUUAAAAAAGUUUCAGUGUCACCAGCUGUGAGACUGGGGCACGCUCAGGCUCUGUUAUCAGCUACAGCCAAAUACCCCAUCGACAGAGUGUGUUUGAAAAACUUCUCCAUACCUGCUGGUUCCCGUGUAUGUAACCAAGAAAACUUAUUUUUAGGAACCCUACCCAAAUCCAUCGUUCUGGCUAUGGUUGAUAAUGACGCUUUUACAGGCGCUUAUAAUAAAAACCCCUUUGCAUUUAAAAACUACGAUCUGGAAUUCUUGGCGAUCUAUUCUGACGGUGUUCAGACACCUUCAAAACCUCUCCAGCCUGACUUUGGAAGCGGUGCUGCUGUAAGGGAAUUUUACCAGCUAGCAUUGGCCUCGGGAAAACAUUUGAAAAAUCAAGCUCUGUCUAUCGAUAGAGAGGCCUUUCUGCACGGAUAUACGCUCUAUGCGUUUAACCUCACACCAGAUGAAGAAUGUGGGCGUCACGUGUCGCUAGUCAAAUCAGGCAAUAUCAGAUUAGAACUUCGUUUUAGGCAGCCUCUCCAAAAUACGAUAACUCUGAUCGUAUAUGCGAUUUAUGAUUCAAUUCUGGAAAUAUCUAAUCGCCGACAGGUUAUGAUUGAUUACUAUUAA